AUGACAUAUGAUCAGGGGUACCAGCAACAGUCACAGAGGCCAUAUAAUGGACGAGCCGCCCAAAGACCGGGUCCAGCACAAGGAUAUCAGCAAGCUCCCGCACAGCAAUAUUCACAACAACAAUAUGAUGGCUAUGGUCAAGAGGGUUAUGGAUAUGAGAAUUACGAUAAUGGAUAUGGGCAAGAUUACAAUGCUGGGUAUCAGGAUAUGAAUGGCGGAGGCAGAGGAAAUAUGAAUGGGGGGGGUUAUGGAAAUGUGAAUGGAGGGGGGAGAGGUGGUUAUGCUCCAAAUGCGCAGGGACGUGAAAGGGGGUAUCCUCCAAACUCUAAUGGAGAAGGUAGAGGUUAUCCACCAAAUCAGAAUUAUCCUCCACAACAAGAACAAUUUGCGAAUGGCAGAGGUGGGAUGCCACCCAGAGGAGGUGGACCUGCUCCAAAUGGUAGAGGUGGACCAAUGCAAAGGCCUCCUCCAAACCGUGUUGGGCAUGGAGGACCACAGGGAGGUGGGUAUCCUCCAAAUAAUGGUCCUGUGAAUGGAAAUGGUAGACCAAUGGAUGACCGUAUGAGACCUGCACCAGGACAACAACGACCUCGGAAACCUUUAGUGACACCUCCUAAAUCUCCAGAAGCUGGAACAUCAUCUUUUGAUAGCCCUUUUCCUUCAUUUCCAGGAGCAAAGAAAAAGACAGCAAUGUCCACAGAACAGGAAAUUACCAAAGGAUUGGGUGCAAUAGAUAUUUCGAGUCCUCCACAGAAAAGGCCCGGAACUGCUGGAAGUAGAGGAAGUCAUGAUAACUUUGGACCGAAGAGGGGUAUGUCCACUGAUGACUAUGGCCGACCUUCAAUGGACAGUCAAGGGAGUGCACCAAGAGGAGGAUAUCCACCUCAAGGGAUACCAGAUCAACGAAGAGGUCUACCACCAAGGAGUAUGACUCAAGGUCCACCCAGACAAGAUUUUUCAGAGAGAGGCGGUCCACCUCCAGGACAAGGAUAUGGCGGUGCACCUAGACAGAAUGGUUAUGGAGAUCGUGGUUAUGAUCAAUAUGGAAACCCCAUGUCACCAAUUCGAGAUGAUCGAGAAAAUUUUAGUUCUCCACAACGAAGCAUGACUUCGCCAGAUAAUCCUGGACCCAUGGGAAAUGCUCCUCCAACUUCUUCAAUUGAAGCUCCAGGGUUGAGUGCGCCAUAUAAUGGGCCUAUUGGACGUAGUAUGCCUGUUAGACCUGCUACAGCAACCGGAUCAAGGCCACCACCACAAAGAACAUACCCAAGCCAACAAUCUGUUCAACCACAUCCACCCCCACCUCAACAGCAAUACCAGCAGGAUAGUUAUCAAGGUAAUCCUUACGCUGAUCAAAAUCCGGAUGAAAGUCUUGGUCAGUUUUAUGAUGCAUAUUAUGAAGCUCCACCUCCACCUCCUAUACAUAAUCAUACGGCGGAAAUGCCAGAUUUUGAUGCGGCUCCACAGAGAAUUCUACAUAGAAGAGGUACCUCGAUUGAAGCCCAUAUUCAACCUGGAGCAGGUGGACCUGGGCCUGGAUUUGAUCUCAUGGAAAGGAAUGGCAACCUGCGUCAAGUCAAACCUGUAAAAUCUCAACCGGACUUCAGAGCUCAAGCCCAAGCUCAAACGGCAAUUUUUGAAAUGGCAGGGGAUGCGCCACCAAUUCCUAACAUGCCACAGCAAGGUUAUCAAGAUGGCUGGGGACAACAAGAUACCCAAUAUAACCAAUAUCAAGGCAUGCCACAAGAUCAAGUGUACGACCCAUAUCCUCCUCAAGCACCAAAGUUUCAACCACCGCCAAGGAGUAUGUCUGCAGCCCCCGGAGCUGGUCGUGGAAUGCCACAAUCUGAAUUUGGAGGGUAUCCGAAUGGCCCUUCGCCCCAGAAUGGCGGUUACCCUGGUCCACAGAAUGGAGGCUUUCAAGGCAGUCGUCAAAAUAGUCUACAAAAGCAAGGCACCCCAGAAGGGGGCUUACCUCCUCAUGCUCCUCCUGUUCGAGCUGGUCUAAUACCUAACUCUUUCGCUCAACAACAACAAAAUAUUAAACCGCCACCCAUGCGCAAUUAUGGGGGCUUUAAUCCUUCACCUCAAUCGAAUACUCCGAUACCAGUAUCCAAUGGUUCCUCCCCUGCAGGCCCUACUCCAACCAAAGCUCCAGCACAACCAGUAACUCAGGCCGAGCUAGAUCGUCUGAGAUUAAAGUAUAAAAAUGGUAAUCCAAAUGAUCACGAGACUCCUCUACUUUUCGUGAAGAAAUUGGUCGAGGCUUCGGAUGUUUUAGUUGCGCCUCUUGCUGAUCAACGAGCACGCAAUAAAGCAAGGGAAAAGUAUGUAUUUGAAGCUACCAAAGUCCUUAAGAAAUUGAGAGAAGCUCAACACCCAGAUGCAAUGUUCUAUUUUGCAGAUUGUUAUGGUCGUGGUGCGUUGGGGCUUGAAGUCAACGAGAAGGAAGCAUUUACCCUCUACCAAUCUGCCGCAAAGCUUAAUCACCCACAAGCUGCAUAUAGAACUGCAGUUUGUUGUGAACUUGGCAACGAGGAGGGAGGUGGUACUCGCAAAGAUCCUCUCAAAGCUAUCCAAUGGUACAGACGCGCUGCCACUCUUGGAGAUACCCCUGCCAUGUAUAAAAUGGGUAUGAUUCAACUAAAAGGACUUCUGGGUCAACCAAUAAACCCUGGCGAAGCCGUUGUUUGGCUUAAACGAGCUGCUGAACGCGCAGAUCCUGAAAAUCCCCACGCUUUACACGAAUUAGGCCUCCUAUACGAAGCACCACAAGGUCAAAAUACAUCUCUCGUACGCGAUGAAGCAUAUGCCUUCCAGCUUUUUCAACAAGCGGCUAAUCUCGGUUAUAAAUUCUCACAAUUCCGCCUGGGCCAAGCUUUCGAGUAUGGUCAAUUCAAUUGCCCAAUUGAUGCUAGGCAGUCUAUUUUGUGGUAUUCUAAAGCAGCGGUUCAGGAGGAACAUCAAAGUGAAUUGGCACUUAGUGGUUGGUAUUUGACGGGCCACGAAAACAUCUUGCAACAGAGUGAUACGGAGGCCUAUCUGUGGGCGAGAAAGGCAGCAAUGGCAAAAUUAGCUAAGGCUGAAUAUGCUAUGGGUUAUUAUUGUGAGGAGGGUAUUGGUACGCCAAAGAGUUUGGAAGAUGCUAAGAGGUGGUAUUGGAGAGCUGCUGCCCAAAAUUUCCCAAAGGCUCGUGAAAAGCUCGAAGAACUUAAACGAAAUGGUGGAAAGCAGAGUAACAAGGGCAGAGAAAGGAUCUCGAGAUCUAAAGGGGCUAAUCAGAAGAAUAAUGAGGAAUGUUCCGUUAUGUAG